AAAACUUUGGAAUCAUUUAAAGUGUGAGAACUCUAAUUGAUUUUAUUUGAGACUAUCACCAACGGUCUCAAAUUAAGAAAUACGGACAUUUCAAUCUUUUAUUGUGUUUGUUACACGAUCAUCAAUGUUCAUGUCCAGAUUAAGUUUAAUGUGUUUUACAGGUGUUCAGGUAUCCGUGUCGUGUUCGAUGUCAGUGUUUCAUAUUCAAACAAUGGAAAUUGAAGCAAGUGCAAGCCCAGGUCGUGUUAUUGACGUUGAGAAAAGGCAUGGCCAAGAGCAAAGUCACGAUUGACUUCAACUUGCGGCCACAAAGGCAAUAACCAGCACCAUCAUCGUCAAAUGCAAACACCAUAGAUUGAGAAAUUAGGGAGCGUGGUCAACUGAUGCUGUGCAAAGGGGUCAUUUCGGAAAGAAAAAUAAAAAUUUAAAACGUUGACAGAUGUCAAUUUUUAAUUGAGUCGCAGGUUUUUCCAGUCUCUUGCAUAUCGGAGGAUAUAUAACAAAGCUCUUAAUAAAAACACAAACCCUAAGAGCCAAACACGACGCUGUGCCUUGUGUAGUUGCCCAACCGCGUCACCACAGAUAGUUACACUUUUUUCUUCAACACAACAGAGGAGCUUCCAUGGAGAAUGCAGACAUCCCUGAGAAUGCCAACGAGCAUUGCCCAGGUCCUCAGUCUGAAUCUGCUGGAAAAUCCGAUGCAUGUGAAGGGUGCCCGAAUCAGCAAAUUUGUGCCACUGCCCCCAAAGGCCCUGACCCUGAUCUGGUUGCCAUUGCAGAAAGAAUGGCUACUGUGAAACAUAAGAUAUUGGUCUUAUCAGGAAAAGGGGGAGUUGGCAAGAGCACGUUCUCUGCCCAGCUGGCAUUUGCUUUAGCAGCAAGGGAUUUUCAGGUAGGUCUUCUUGACGUUGAUAUCUGUGGUCCAAGCAUUCCAAAGAUGCUUGGCCUAGAAGGUCAAGAGAUACAUCAGAGCAACCUUGGUUGGUCCCCUGUCUAUGUGGAGUCCAACCUUGGGGUCAUGUCAGUUGGGUUCAUGCUUCCCAAUCCAGAUGAAGCUGUUAUAUGGAGAGGUCCUCGCAAAAAUGGACUUAUCAAGCAGUUUCUAAAAGAUGUCUACUGGGGUGAACUUGAUUUUCUAAUUGUGGAUGCUCCACCGGGAACCUCAGAUGAACACAUUUCCCUUGUUCAAUGCCUUGAUGCCACUGGAAUAGAUGGUGCAAUCAUAGUCACUACUCCUCAACAAAUCUCUCUUAUUGAUGUGAGAAAAGAAGUGAAUUUUUGCAAGAAAGUUGGCGUGAAAGUUCUUGGGGUUGUAGAGAAUAUGAGUGGCCUGUGCCUGCCCAUCACAGAUUUCAAGUUUAUGAAGUUGACUGAUAAUGGUGAGCAGAAAGAUGUUACACAGUGGGUUUGGGAAUACAUGAGAGAAAAAGCGCCAGAAAUGCUGAAUUUGCUUGCUUGCACUGAAGUAUUUGAUAGUAGUGGUGGUGGAGCAGUGAAAAUGUGCAAUGAUAUGGGGGUAACCUUUCUUGGUAAAGUUCCUUUAGAUCCACAGCUUUGUAAGGCAGCUGAAGAGGGUUCAUCCUGCUUUGCUAAAAAAGAUUGCGUUGUUAGUGCUCCAGCGUUAAAGAAGAUUAUAGAGCAGCUGAUUGAAACUAAUGGGUGGUCAAUGUUAUUAAGCAAUGGAGUGUAGCAGAUAUUGCUUUAUGACGAUUUUUGAAAAUCAAAAUCUAAUUUUAUCUAUGAACGGUUUGCACAGAAAUUUUCUUUAAUACUUUAAGCCAUGUAGGGUUGAGACAUUUUGGGACCUCAGGUAUUGGUUUUCUGGGCCUCUAUGUUAUACGUAUUUGACGACGUAGUUACUAAUAAUGCUUAUUUCUCUAUGUUUUUGAGAUUAUAUUUCUUCAAUACAUUGGAGUUUGUAGCCA